CCCACACAACAACACUACAUUUCAAUUUCAAUCCCAAAUCUCAAUAACCUCUUCAACCCAAAACCCUUUCCUUCACUCACUUUCCUCUGCACCAUUCACACACACUCUCUAAUGGCAUCUUCAAUCACCUUAUCCCGGCUCCUUUCUUCCACCGCCGUCACCUCCUCUCUCCUCCCAUCCAAAUCCCUCCUCACCCCCAAAUUCUCCUCCCUCUCCCUCAAGCUCAACCGUCGCCACCCCAAACCCCUCCGAUUCGCAUCCUCCUCCACCAUCUCCGCCACCAUCGCCGUCGGCGACAAACUCCCUGAAUCCACCUUAUCCUACCUCGACGACGCCGGCGAGGUCAAAACCGUCACCGUCUCUGAACUCACCAAGGGGAAGAAGGCAGUCCUCUUCGCCGUCCCCGGCGCGUUCACCCCGACUUGCUCGCAGAAGCACGUCCCCGGGUUCGUGGAGAAAUCCGCCGAGCUGAAGGCGAAGGGGGUCGACACCAUCGCGUGCAUUUCGGUGAACGACGCGUUCGUGAUGAAGGCGUGGAAGGAGGAUCUCAAGGUGAAGGAUGAGGUGCUGCUAUUGUCCGACGGUAACGGCGAUUUCACCAGAGCCAUUGGGUCGGAGCUUGAUUUGAGCGAUAAGCCUGUUGGGUUGGGUGUUAGGUCAAGGCGCUAUGCGAUCUUGGCUGAAGAUGGGGUUGUCAAGCUCUUCAAUUUGGAGGAGGGUGGUGCCUUCACCUUCAGUGGUGCUGAUGAUAUCCUCAAGUUGCUCUGAAUUUUUUGUACUGUAAUUGUUCUUCUACCUUUUCCUCAGAUAGCAUGAGUUGGUUUUUUUCUUGAAGGGUUUAGGAUGUUCCUGUUUACUUUUGGUUUCUGAAGAAUAAUGUUUGAUUGACCAAUAACAAUGUCUUGUGCUGGUGAAAAAUUGCUGAGGUGAUUUGUUUGCUUGGUGGUUGAUUUAUGUUUCAUUAUCUGAGCAAAGUAAAUUGGAAAACUGUGUCCACUAUGUGCAUAUGAUGCUGAAUUGCUGAGUGAUUGAUGUUUAUACUUCA